UUUUUUUUUCUGCUCUAAAACCUCAAGGAUUUCUCAUUCAAUGCAACUUCUGGGGUUGUUUCUUUCUUCAUAAAAACAAAAAAAAACCAAAAAAUAUUAGCAAAAAUUUGAAAAAAAGAAGAAGAAAGAAAGAUAAAUACUCUUCUGGGUUACUGUAAUUUGUUGAUUUUCAGGUUCAAUUUUUUGAUUGAAGGGAUUUUUUUUUGCUCAUCUCUAUGGGAGAAGCUCCAGCUUUCUUUGCUGAUAGUCUUAUGGGAGAUUUUCCAAAGAAAGUUGAUUCGAAAUCGAAGGGCAAUGAAAGGGCUAUCGUUGUUGGGAGUAAAAUAUAUGUGAUUGAUGGGGUUGAUCAUGAAUUGGGGUCGACUAUUGGAAUUCGAAUCUUUGAUAAGUCUAGUGGGGAAUGGAGAAUCCCCAUUGUGUUGGGAGCAAAACCCAAGCCAUCUAAGGACUACUCAGCUGUGCUUUUAAAUGAUGAUCGCGUGUUAGUUGUUAGAGGGAACUCUGGUUCUAGUGAAUGCUUUUGGUUUCUUGAGGUGGGCACUCCAUUUGUUAGACAACAUGAAAAGACUUUAGGGAAUGAGGUGGUUGCUUGGAGCAAAGGAGUUUUAGGCAAUGUUGAGAAGCCUAUUGUCAUUAGUGGCCCUUCUGGAGUGGGUAAGGGCACCCUGAUAUCAAAGCUAAUGAAAGAAUUUCCAUCCAUGUUCGGAUUUUCCGUGAGCCACACAACCCGAGCACCAAGAGCGAAGGAGCAGAAUGGGAUUCAUUACCAUUUUACUGACCGCAAUGUGAUGGAGAGAGAGAUAAAGGAUGGCAAGUUUCUUGAGUUUGCUUCUGUUCAUGGUAAUCUCUAUGGAACAAGUGUAGAAGCUGUUGAGGUGGUUGCUGAUGCUGGCAAGAGAUGUAUACUUGAUAUCGAUGUUCAAGGAGCAAGGUCUGUGAGGGCUAGCGCUCUUGAAGCCAUUUUCAUUUUCAUCUCUCCUCCUUCUUUUGAAGAGCUUGAGAAGCGUCUUCGUGCAAGGGCAACUGAGACUGAGGAACAAAUCCAAAAGCGUCUCCUGAAUGCUAGGGCAGAACUUGAACAAGGAAAAUCAUCUGGUCUGUUUGAUCAUAUUUUGGUAAACGAUGAUCUUGAAACUUGUUAUGAGAAACUCAAGAACAUUUUGUGUCUAAGAGAAGCUGCGAAAUCUGCUCCUAAGACAAUUCCAGAAUCAUUCAACUUGUCCAUCGAACAUCCAGUGUCAAAGAUCGAUCAAAAGCUUCUGAUCAACUUUGGUGCUGCGGAACAUGAAAAUGCAUCAAAUAACACGUACGUUCUGGACUUGUCUUUGCUCAAAGGAGGAGCCCCUGGACGGACAAGAGGACUAAACAUGUAUGCUAUUAAUCCUUUGACUGAUGAUGUAAACGGCAACAACCAGCUAUACUUAAACAUCCCGUUUUGAUUGACCACAUCUUUUCUUCUUUUAAGUCGAUGCAGAGGGCUGGAGCCCCUUUGAAAGAACCACAAUUUUGACUUCCCGGUAUCAUUCUUGGAUUGCAACAAUGAUUCGGAGAUCCAUGUUAGUGUACUAUUCAAAGAAAACAUGUGUUGGAUAGGAUGCUUUUCGAUCUUUUAUCUAUUUUGUUUCGUUUCUUCUAAAAGCUUAUUCAUUUAAAUUAUAGUCAUUAUCAUGAAGUUUCAAAUUCUACGAGUGAAACUUCAAGACGUUGUAGAAUAUGUAAGCUUAGACAAACACCAUGAUAUUGCUUUCCCUUCUCUUUUUAA